AGAAGCCGGCUCGCCCAACUGGCUGAUGCUACUCCUCGAUCUUUCCGGGUGUUCCCACGUCUGGUCGGUGUGUCUGGGGGGCUGUGCGGUAGAGCGGAGCCGGAAAGGACGCCCGGAUCAGGAACAAAAAUGCGUAAAAGCAGCUGGCAGAGUAGGAGAAGACACGGGAGAAGCGGCCACCAGCAGAACCCUUGGCUUCGACAGCGCCAUUCUAGCCAGAGGUACACCACAGAGGGGCCCCAGAACCUUCAGGACCCUGGCUGCGAGGAUGACGAGUCUGCAUCGACGUCAGCCUCCCCCAACACGGCUGCGGACUCCUCGGUGCCAGAUCUACCAGGGUAUUACUAUGACCCUGAAAAGAAACGCUACUUCCGCUUGCUGCCCGGGCAUAACAACUGCAACCCCCUCACGAAGGAGAGCAUCCGGCAGAAGGAAGUGGAAAGCAAGAGGCUGCAGCUGCUGGAAGAGGACGAGCAGAGAAAGAAAGUAGCCAGAAAGGGAUUGAAUGCAUCUUCCUUCCUACAAAAAAGCCGGCUGGGUUUUCUCAAUGUCACCAGUUAUUGCCGGUUAGCCCAUGAGCUGCGAGUGAGCUGCAUGGAGAGGAGAAAGGUCCAGAUUCAGAGCUCAGACCCCUCUGCUUUGGCAAGUGACCGGUUUAACCUCAUCCUGGCAGAUACCAACAGUGACCGGCUCUUCACAGUGAACGAUGUCAAAGUUGGAGGCUCCAAGUAUGGCAUCAUCAGCCUGCGCGGGCUGAAGACGCCCAUGCUCAAGGUGCACAUGCAUGAAAACCUCUACUUCACCAACCGGAAGGUGAAUUCUGUGUGCUGGGCCUCGCUGAAUCACUUGGAUUCCCACAUUCUGCUGUGCCUUAUGGGACUCGCAGAGACACCAGGCUGUGCCACUCUCCUCCCAGCGUCACUGUUCGUCAGUAGUCACCCAGGUGUAGACCGGCCUGGCAUGCUCUGCAGUUUCCGGAUCCCUGGUGCUUGGUCCUGUGCAUGGUCCAUGAACAUCCAGGCAAAUAACUGCUUCAGUACUGGCUUGUCUCGGCGGGUGCUGCUGACCAACGUGGUGACAGGACACCGGCAGACAUAUGGGACCAACAGUGAUAUCUUGGCCCAGCAGUUUGCUGUCACGACUCCUUUGCUAUUUAACGGAUGUCGUUCUGGGGAGAUCUUUGCCAUUGAUCUGCGUUCUCGAAGUCAAGGCAAGGGCUGGAAAGCCACCCGCCUGUUCCACGACUCAGCAGUGACCUCUGUGCAAAUCCUCCAGGAAGAGCAAUACCUGAUGGCAUCAGACAUGGCAGGAAAGAUUAAGCUGUGGGACCUGAGGACCACCAAGUGUAUAAGGCAGUACGAAGGUCACGUGAAUGAGUACGCCUACCUGCCCUUGCAUGUACAUGAGGAAGAAGGAAUCGUGGUGGCAGUGGGCCAGGACUGCUACACGAGAAUCUGGAGCCUCCACGAUGCCCACCUGCUCAGAACCAUACCUUCCCCACACCCCACUUCCAAGGCUGACAUCCCCAGUGUGGCCUUCUCUUCUCGGCUUGGAGGCUCCCGGGGAGCACCAGGGUUACUCAUGGCCGUCAGGCAGGAUCUUUACUGUUUCUCCUACGGCUAAUUCUGUAGGGGCAGCCUGCAAGCCUGCAGAAAUACUUGACUUAAAGGAGUAAAGAGUGCUUUAUUUCCAUUUCUGAUGAGGGCUCCCUUUUUUCCCCCCUCUUUUUGCUCUUGCCCUAUAAUGAGGGCAUUUCAAGUUUUGCUGUGUACACAGAUUGCCUCCCUCUGGCUGGUAGGGGCAAGGGGCUGGGUGUUCCACAUGGACACCAGGAAAGUUGUUGCAGCUCAUUUGUGGGCUCACGGCUUGAAAGUCCUUUUCAUAAAAGGUACUUACAUCCUUUUCUUGUUGAAAUUCUCCAAAUAGUUAGUUCCCCUUCCUUAUUUUAACAAAAAAGACUUUUUUCCUAAAGACUAAAGAUGGGCAAUACUAAAUUAAAGCUGCUACUUUUAUCAAAAGCCCUGUGGAGAAGCCUGGUGAUGAGAUUGGUGAAUCUGGGUGGUUGGUACCUGGGUCCCAGGAAGGCCUAGGUGUCCUUGAAAAUACCAGCAGGGUUAGAAAGGAAAAGGCAGAUCAUGUCUCCGAGUCUGUACAGAGCAGACAGACUUCAAGCUACUCAGUAGAUCUCUGACAUUCUCUUUUUGUUAGCAGUCAUGCAUUGGAAAGGAAGAUGGAUCUCAUUAAAUGCUAGUUUUAAAUGUCCUUAACGUGCCUUUAUUGAGAUACCUUCCAGAAUGUAGGGGAUAGCAACUCCUGUCUCUGUUAACGACAAUUUGAUGUCAGAUUCAAGGACCCAGAGUCAAAGAAAAUUUUUUUUUACUUUAUGAUUUCAGAACUGCACUUUGUGAAAUGCUUAUACAGUGUUUGAAAAGCCUUUCUACCAACCAAUAAAGUAGGAAGAACCAUGGUGUGGCACGUUGCUUCUAAUAAUGACUUAAAAUAUCAUGAUGCUUGAGCUGCUGUAGCAGCAAUUUAGCUUCAGUGAAGUCUCUACUCAGAUCUUGGCUAAGAGAAAAAACAGCUGAGACCAGCUUAGUAGCUGUGCUGGAGAGUUUCCCACUGCCCUCAGGCCCACUUUGCCUUGCGCAUGCGUGCCCCGGGAGACUGAUCUCUGGACUCUGGGGAUCCCUGAACCCCAGAGGCCAGGCAGGUCAGCCAGGGGGAAGAAGCAGAAGAGCACAGGGCAAGAGGACAUUAAGGUGGGCUUAUUCAUUUCUGUCUCCCUUCUGUUGGGCUGUGGGCAGUUGUGACCAAAGACCACAGCUUUAAUUGGGACACAGCUCUUUGGGUUCCACUAAGUUUGUCUCUGGCACUUUACAGUUGCUAGUCCUAGGUUGCUCCACCAAGUGAACUCUUCUAUUAUCCGCUUGAAUAUUCCAUAUACUUCCUGCCAGAACCCUAAUACUAUUUACAGAGAACCAAAUCCAGAAAAUGGGUGAGAAUAUCAGAUUGGUUAUGUAACAGUUGAACUAAAGGUUAUAUUUUUAGUGUCCACAUUUUAUAAGGAACUUAUUCCUAUUUGACUUUAUCCUUACAACCCAUAAAGGAGGCAGGGCAAUAGUAAUAUAAAAUUAGCAUCAUUUUACAGACAAACCAGGGUUCAGGCUAGUGGUGUAGCUCAAUGGUAGAUCAUGUGCUUAAGAUGCACAAGGCCCUGACUUCACUUGAAUCGAAGCUGUUCCGAUACCAAAGAUCGUUCUCUUUAGAGAUCAUAAUCUGAGUAAAGGCACACAAAUCCCAAAAGUCCAGGGCAGCCAGAAUUGAGGUGACUUAUUGGCUAGGAAAUCUAUUUUGCCGCUUAGUUGUCUCUUCGGGACAUUGAAGGGAGUAGACUAGGUAUGGGGCCAGGGCCUUGGAGAUUCAGGGUGGGAUUAAAGGUGUCAGCAUGAUAAGGUAGCAGUUAAAAACGUGGUGGAGGGGCUGGGGAGAUAGCUCAGUUGGUAGAGUGCUUGCCUUGUAAGCACAAGGCCCUGAGUUCGAUCCCCAGCACCCAAAAAAAAAAACAAAAACGUGGUGGAUGUUAUCAGAGUCAUCAGCCCUUUUUGUUGGUGGACUCCAAGCACUAAGACUUGUCUACUAACAGGAGAAUGGCUCUGGUCAUAUGUAGUGCCCAAGUCUGAUAGCUUUUCUUGUUUUUUGGUGCUGGGUUUCAACCCAGGGGUACUCAACCAUUGACCCAUAUCCCUGGGCCCUUUUUUUAUAUUUUAUUUAGAGACAGGGUCUCACUGGGUGGCUUAGAGCCUCACUUAGUUGUUGACACUGGCUUUCCAACUCCAGAUUCUCCUGCCUCAGCCUCCAGAGCCACUGGGAUUACAGGCAUGUGCCACCAUGCCAGUGUUGUGGUAGUUUCUUUUGUUGUUGUUUUUUGGUAGUUUCUUAAGUUUAAGAAAAUAAAAAUUUUAAAAGGCACCAGGUGUAAUUUAAUAAAGGUAGGGCUCAGAUUAUGUACACUGACUAAAACUGAUUCCAUUAAUGACAAGGAUGUACAAGCUGAUUUUCUCUCCCUGAGUGAUGGUAGUUCUUAAGCUGAUAAAGCAAAUAUGGUUGCAAAGUUAUCAUCCAGAAUUUAACAUGUCAGAAUUUAACAAGUGGAAGCUUAGCUCUUGUGGUAUAGGCUAUUGUCCUUGUCAUGAAAACCUGCAGACAACAGAAAAGCAGAUACCAAGCUAAGUCCACCUGACAACAGAAACCUUGGCUUUUCAACUCUACUCUUGUGGAAAAGACCCUGUCCUUACCUGGAAAUGGAAGAGAAUUCACAACCUGUAAGAGGAAGGAAAAGGGGAGAGGUUCACAGUGCCACGGCCACAGGCCUACCUGGAGCCAGAUGACAAGACGACCCACUUGCCAGGCAGCACUGGGCCUCUGAACCUCUCUGAGCAAGUGUCCACUGUAAAACACCAAGGAUUGCCUGCCUUUCACUGUGGUUGAAACUGUCAACCUCAUAAAGCUCCCAGCAGUGCCUGUAAUAGGCAACUAAAUGCUGGUUCUCUUGGCUCUCCUGGCUUUUCCAAUUCCCAAAUAAUUCAACCAGCCAAAUUAAACCCAAGGGAUGUGUGAACCUCCCAGCGGGUUCCUGCUCAGGCCACUUAGUUUAGCCACAAGCUGACACUUGUUACAGCUCUUGUUAGGUUCAACAACUACCUUCACCACCUAUAAGCCAGAGCUAUUAUUUAAAACGCUUGUGGAGCAGUGGCAUAAACCUAAGAAGGGCAGGGGGAUGAUCUGUGCUAUCUGAUAUCAGGACAGUGCUUACUCCCAGGGGGAGGGGUGGACAGGAAGUCCCUGGAGUCCAGCCAUGUUUUUUCAUCUGGGUGCUGGUUGGUUUUGUGUUGAGUUGGAGAAAAAUUAAGGUGAGCCAGUGUUUUCCCACCUUCGCUUUUAGCCUGCAUUUACCUCAUCAGCUUUAGGCUGGGAUUAUACUCAUACAGACUAAAAAAAGGACCUCCUGUUUGGCACUGGUACCCUGCCUCUCCUCCAUCAAUUGGACUUGCAAAGAAAAGGACUACAGAAGAUUUUUCUGUGAUUUCUGUUAAAGAGCCUUACAAAGAUGAUAGGCUAGAAAUGUCACUACCACAUGGCUAGGCAUUCAGUGCUCAGGGUCAGGGAUGCUCCAGCUUGACAAGAGAACCACCAACCAGGUCUACUGGGGUCACCACCUUUCCCCUCUUCUCCCCAAACCACCCCUAUCCUGUCCCACUCACCCCCAAAAAAGGGUGGAAGGAAAGGAGAAAAAAAAAUGAAGCAAAGGACAGACAUGGUGUCAUUGGCCACCAAGAGUAGGGAUAUGGUGGAUGUUCUGGCCCCAGAUGGCAAACUGAUGUGGGGCAAUUUGUCUUAUCUGCCA